CUGUCAGCACUGUUCGUCUGUUCUCUCCAAAGCACCAUUUUGAUCGAAGAAGAAAGAAGAAGAAGAAGAAGAAGAAGAAUGAGCCCAUCAAAAUUGAACAAUCCAGCGAAGAUGUGUGCCUCUUUGCCCAUAGAUUUGUGGGCUCAAAUCCUCGCCAGACUUCCAGCCAAGUCAAUUCUCCGCUGCACCACCGUUUCAAGAUCAUGGUACUCUCUCAUCAAAACUCCCUUCUUUAUCUCCAAGCAUCUCAAUUUCAAUUCUCAGAAUGAGAACCGCAGUUCUUGCCUUCUCGUGCGUAGUUGCAUUAACCCCAGAGAAGAAAUCUACGAGUUCUGUGAUGACGAUCGCUAUCUAAUUAAAUUUGUUGAGUUUAGAGCUCCGUUUAAGGCCGAAAAUCCGUUUUUCAGAAUUAUUGGGUGCUGUAAUGGACUGAUAUUCCUUUCUGAUGAUUUUUUCAAGAACUAUCACGAUCUGAUUCUUUGGAACCCGUUUAUAGGGAGGUCGGUUUGCCUUCCUGACCCCAAUUUUGUGCAUUUCAAGCACUCGCUUGGGUUUGGGUUUGAUCCCGUUAUGAAUGACUACAAGGUGGUGAAUGUUGUGGAUGUUGGGCUUGGAAUUGCCUCUCCCAAAGUUGAGAUCUUUAGGCUAAGCAAACGGGUAUGGGAAGAGAUUAGUGAUAAUGCACUUGCCUUUUCCGUCCCUGGAAGAUCUAGUCAAGCUUAUCUAAACGGGGCGGUUCAUUGGGUUGGACAGGGUAUGCUGAAUGGGGAGCUUAGGAACUUGAUUGUGCGGUUUGACAUGAGUAAGGAGCGAUUUGGGAUGAUGGAAUUGCCGGAAAGUUUGGCAACACUGCCAUUUAUCUGUGUAGCAGCAGAUGUCUACAUGGGAUCACUUGCUGUGGUUGUGCUGGAAGAUAAUUCGAGGUACAGUAUAUGGAUAAUGAAAGAUUAUGAUUGCGUGGCUUCAUGGACGAAGCAAGUGUCUUUCAUCUUUCCUGAAAGCGCGGGUAUACCUUUUGGAUUUAGGGGAAAUGGAGAUGUUCAAGUGAUGACAACCUAUGGACAAUGGCAUGCUUAUGAUCCUAAAGGUCCACCACAUUAUAAGUACCUUGGAGUAUGUGAGUUUAAAGAGCCUAAUCUUUUAUUCUCUUUUCACGCAAGUCCUUUUGUUGAGAGCCUGGCUUUUCUUGAUGCGAGCGCUGAUUUUGAUGAUGCUUCUACUGUACAAAAUUUGUCUUUACGACGUAGUAGGAGAAGCACUGCUGAUAAUGACGAUAAGUGACAUUUCAGUUAUACAGAACUUGAAGCCUUGUGGUUAUAGUAAAGAAAAGAAAGGGCGUCAAGUGCUGAUGCAGUCGGGAAUGGAUUCAUUGACUUCUAACACAGCAUGUGAUCUGAGCACAGCUAAUCUGCUAUCUUGUGAUUACCUACUUUCCUAGUGUAGUUUGUUUUUAAGAUGCUCUAUCAUUCACCUAUGUACAAAAAAUCUUGUGUUGCUUGCUUGUGAAAUAUGCAAUAGGCUUCUUAUCCCAUACAUUGUGACAACUUCAUUAACAGUUUAGUUUAUAAAUCAAGUUCUUCUUAUGUACUA